AAAUGAGAAGAGUGCUUUUGAGUUGUGAGGUCAAAUACCAUCACAAGCUGAAAACCUCACUUCAACACCAAUGAUGUUUUGUUAGUGACUUCAUAAAGCUCGUGGUUUAUGAAUGGCAGGUCAUUUUCUUCGGCUUGGAGAAGUUCGUAUAACUGAAUUUUAAGCUGACACCGGACAAUGUUCGGUUUUGGUAUUUUAAAUUAUACAUAAGUGAUUAUACUUUUAGGGAGAAACCAUAUGCAGAAGUUGAGGUAUUCUUUUGGACAUACUUGGCUCUCUUUAUACUGUCUGUGUACGAUACGUUGUGAGUUAACGCGUGUCAUUGUAUGUGUUGUAUAGCUCAACAGCCUCCACGUUGAACGUUUUUGACACUGUUAAUUGCCUCGCGCUGCCUCCUUGUCGCGAUAACAUUUUAAGGCUCAAGCGGUUGCUAAGAGCCACUGUCAACAGACAGCGUGGUAACAGUCGACUGGAGAAACAAACGACUGAUCGCAGCAGAAACAGUUAUCACUUUGAUUGAACAUUGUUGUUACUCUGUAGAGUCUUAGGAAAAUGUCGGGCAUUACAGAUACGGGCUGGGACGAGGGCUUUGCUGUCCCUGAAUCCAACAAUGAAAACCAGGCUCUGAUAGAGGAGAUUCGUAAAAAAGAGACAGACUUGAUGCAACUGGGAAACCAACUUGAGAAAAACAAGGAUCAAAAUCAGUUGAAGACCGAAUUUCUCAAAAAUGUUGAACAAGAGCUGGAUAAUACUGAGGCUCUGUGCAAGGCAAAGGAAAGGGAAGGAGAGUUGGAAAAACACCUCACCGCCCUCGCAGAAAGGGAGAAAGGUCGCCUAGCGCAGGAUACUGCUAAGAUGGAGAAUGAUGAUAGAUCUUUAGAAGAAAGGAAGAACAUGCUAGAGAACCAUAUCUUCAAGGCCAAACAGAAGCUAGAGGAGUUCAGGAACCAGAUGAACUGGGACCAGCAGACCAUGGAUGCCUUUUUAGAGGACUCGGCACGUAAAGACGAGGACACGAUGGCCAUCAUCAAGUACGCCCAGCAAGAUGAGCAGAGGAUCAAGUCGCUCACUCUGGCUCUGGAAAAGAAGACACUGGAGGCCAAUGAAAAGCGCAAAGCACUUGACAAAGAAUUGACCGAGACUGUAUCCGCACAGAUUGCUUUGGAUAAAACUACAGAAAAUUUGCAGCAGGCCCACCUGGAGUCACAGCAGCUCAUUCACCAAUGGGAAAAAACUAUCAGGCAGAUAAAGCAACGAGACGCUGAGAUGCAGCAGUGUGCUCUGCUACUUGCCGAUGCCAACCAGAACAUCAGGGAGAGGAAUGGCACCAUCACAGAGAGGAAGCACUUGUUGGAUACUCAGAGGAACAACAACAAGGAAAUUGAGAGGAAGAUAACCAUGGCCACCCGACAAGCUGUCAAGCUGCGGCAGGAUUUGAAGGAGCAGGAGAAUAACUGCAGCAGGCUGAAGGAUGAGCUUGAUAGUUGCAAAGGCCGACUGGACAGAUCAAACUCCGAUGUGGAGUCUGGGACGUCCCAAAUAUCCAGAAUGAAGAAAGACAUCCAGGAUAACAAUGACAAACUCAAGAAGGCCCGGGCCUACAAUGUUGCACUGGAAGAGAAGCUGACGGUUGUGACUCAGACAGCCCUUAGUGAGGAGGAGAGAGCGGACCAGAUGGACCAGCUCCUCAAGGAUGAGGAACACACAAUCAAGGAUUUGGAUGUCCAGCUGCGUGACCUCAGCGAGGAGCUUUUUCGUCGUAAAGAGUGUUUGCAGGCUCUCAAGACAAAAGAGAAGGAUUCUAUCGCACAGAUUUCAAGGAGUAAAUACAGCAUCACCAGCCUGGACCACCAGCUCAGAAAGCUGGAGAAGGAUUUAAUAAGACAGCAGAUGAUCAUGAGUGAACAGGACGCACAGAUCUUCGGCCUGGCUAGAAAACAGGCACGGCUGCAAGACGACGUUUACACAGACGAAAAACAAACGCUCGACAUAAAGAUUGCUGAGCUACAGAAAGCCCUAGAGGAGAAGAAGAACACAGCCAACAUGCUUACCAACACGGUCAAGGAGUCUGAGGAUGAUAUUCGCUAUUUGAGGAAAGAGAUGGAGAAGUCAGAGGCUCAAAAGAAAGAUCUGAGCGACAAGGUGGAGUUGCUCAUCCUUCUCCGAAACAGCAAUGAAAAGGAGCUGAAGAGACUCAGGCUCAGCAGACAGGACAACAUGGUGGAGCACUACGUCUGCAAGAUAGAGGUCAAGCGUCAGAGUGAUCUGCUGUACAACAAGACGGACAACGUGCUGUCCUUGGAGAAGAGGAAGCUGGAGCUGCAGAAAAUCAUACAGGACAGGCAGGAAGAGGUGAAGGUCUACAAAGAGAUGCUCAGCCAACAGAACAAGAUCAGUGAGCAGGAGAGACAGAGACUCAGUGCUGAACUGAAUGAGAAACUGUCCAAGAUCGACACGCUGAAGAAACGCUUUGAGAUUGCGAUGCUCAUGAUGGCAGCUCCUGAGGGGGAAGAGCAGAAAUCACAGGCUUACUACAUCACAAAGGCUGCACUAGAGAAAGAGGAGCUCAAGCGGAAGGGAGACGGUCUGGAUGCCACAAUCCGCAAGAUGGAGCUGGAGAAUAGAGCUCUGGAGAACACCAUUCAGCUGUUCGACAACAGUAACUCGACAUUUCGCAAAUCGCUCAACAAAGUAGAAGAAUCCAGUCCAGAGCACCAGGACAAACUGAAGCUAGAAGAGCAGUCGAGGGCAGCUGAAGAGACGCUGAAGUAUAAGAUAAGACAAGGGGAAGAGCUCCAACAGGACUUACAGGACAUGGUCACUACCUUGGAGAGUUUGCUGCAGGAGGAGAAGGUGGAGAAAGAUAGAAUAGAGCACAAACAGUCACUCAUCAGUAAACUGAACAAAGAAAUCGCUUCCCAGCAGGAGAAGGCUGUCAGAGCCACAAAGCAGUGCUCUAAGCUGACUAAAGAGAUCCGCUCAGGAAAAAACACCAAGAAUGAGACUUUUGAGGAGCAGGACAUUAAGCUGAGGGAGCUGAAAGAAUUCAAUAAGAGUAUCAACAGCAUGCUGAGUGAGGCCAUGGAGGACAAACCUGACCUCAAAUUAGUGUUCCAGAAAUACUUCCUGCAGGCCGAUCUGUCUCUUCCAUCUGCAUCGUCCACUCCUUCCAGCAGUCGAAGCUCCAAGACCAGCUUUGCCUCUCUCAGGUCUACUGCUUCCUCAGCCAGCAGCAGCCCCAGGGCCUCUGCACUUCACUCCCCCGUGCUGAAGACUGUGAAACUGGGCUUGGAUCUGACUGUGACCUCUCCUCCUAUCACCUCCUCCAGAAUUUCCAGCUCUGCAAGUAGCAGCAGCAGCAGCAGGUUAAAGAACCCAUAGUGAUUAUUACCAAACCUGUUUCACUGUUGUGAAUAAAGAACAAGAGAACGAGGAUUACAGUUACUUCUAGUCAGUUCUAGUUGCACAGAUGAGAUGAUGAGAUGUGAUGUCUAAUUCUGUAAUGUGUUUCAAAGUUGUUCAGGAUGUGUGGUGUCAUAAUGUAUUUGAAUGCAUAAAAAAGUACAUUGUUGUUCAUUUUAGCAUUAUUGUUGUUUGUAUUUCACGUUCAUUGUCAUUAUUUUAAA